AUGCGCGCCUUUGCUGUUUCGCGCCCUUUAGCCGGUGUCUUUUCUCUUAGAAGCCCAAUCGCCACCUCAUUGGCCGCUCGGUUGAAUCCUCGAACCUUUCACAACAAGUCCAAACCUCGCGUCGAGCUAUUCGAGUUCUUCAGUCGGGUACAAUGGCCGACGACCAAAGCAGAGAAGGUGGAGCUGGUGGAAGGCGUAAGAACCGCGAUAUGGGAAGGUCAGCAUGGAGCGGCUAACCAAGGAAGUCGUCAAGCCAUAGAUAAAAGAGAGCGCAGUGAGCGUCAAGCUGAAGCCAAGCGCCGGAAGAUUGAAAACGGUGAGGAAGUCAAGGCGCCUAUCUACGCGACCGAGUUCACCGCGGAAGAAAUUGCCAACGAGGAGCGCCGCCCGAAGAAGAAGGUUGCGCUCAUGAUGGGAUAUUCUGGGACUGGAUAUUAUGGCAUGCAGCUGAACGAGAAUCAGAAAACUAUCGAAGGCGAUCUUUUCGCUGCUUUGGUCGCAUCUGGAGCUAUCUCAAAGGCUAAUGCAUCAGACCCUAAGAAGUCGUCAUUCGUGCGCUGCGCCCGUACCGACAAAGGUGUGCACGCUGCCGGCAAUGUUGUGUCAUUGAAAAUGAUCAUCGAUGACCACGAUAUCGUCCAGAAGAUCAAUGACAAAUUGAGCCCUCAAAUCCGCGUCUGGGGUUUCGUGCACACCACUGGCGGCUUCAGUUGCUAUCAGCUUUGUGACUCUCGUAUUUACGAGUACUUGAUGCCUAGUCACUGUCUUUUGCCUCCCCACCCUAGCACCUAUCUUGGCAAGAAGAUUGUCGAGUUCGCCGAGAAGAAAGGCGACCUGGAUGCUGUGAACGCUAGGCAAGCGGAUGUCGAAGGUUAUUGGGCGGAUGUUGAUGAGAAGUAUAUCAAGCCCAUUCUGGAGAGUGUACCCGAGGAUAUUCGUCAGGUUGUUGAAAAGUCCCUUUAUCUUGACGAGGAAAGCAAAGAGCCCAUGGACAAGGAGGAGAAGGAGGAGGAGGAAGAGAAGGAAGUGCCAGCAGCUCCAGAAAAGACUGAAGAAGAAAAAGCCAUUCGUCAUGGAUCCCCGCCAACGAAAGAUCCUCGAUACCAUCAAAGCCAUCAAGGCCGCUUAUACUGCUGCCAGACGCACAUACCGUGCUCCUCCUCGCGAAUCGCUCGCUUGCAAGAGGCUCUGGACCAAUACGUCGGCACCAAGAAUUUCCACAACUAUACUAUCCAAAAAACUCAUAAGGAUCCGUCUGCCAAGCGUCAUAUCAAAUCUUUCAACGUCAACCCGACCCCGAUUCUCAUUAACGGCACCGAGUGGCUGAGCUUGAAAGUGCACGGUCAGAGCUUCAUGAUGCACCAGAUCCGCAAAAUGGUGGCCAUGGCCACGUUGGUUGUUCGCUCCGGCUGCCCUGCCGACCGCAUCGAGGAUACCUAUGGUCCCCAUCGUAUCGCCAUUCCCAAGGCCCCUGGCUUAGGUCUGUUACUCGAACGCCCGAUCUUCGAUAGCUAUAAUCAAAAGGCUGAGGGCUUGGGCCGUGAACGUGUCGCAUUUGACAACUUUACUAAGGAGAUGGAGGAGUUUAAGCAGCGAGAGAUUUACGAUCGUAUCUUCCGCGAGGAAGAAGAGUCCGCAGCAUUUGGCUCGUUCUUUAACCACAUCGAUCACUUCCCUGGCGAUUAUUUCCUUUAUGUUACCUCUGGUGGAGUCGAGGCGGCGGAAAUUGUGGCUGCUUCCAAUGAGAAGAAUGCCGAGAUAAAGGAAGCCGAACAAGACAAGACCGGGAAAUCUCAGAAAGAAGCUUUGGCUGAAGUGGAGUCCGGAUCAGAAGACGAAGCCAAUCUUCCUGGCGGUGAAGAGGGUAAUUGA